AUGUUGAAACCUAACAUUUCGACGGUAGCGGUAAAAGAGCUAGAAGCUUUCGAUUUUUUCACGAACCGGUUUCAUUAUGAGGAGAGCGCGAAGAAGCUCUCUGUGGAUAAUAAAUCGAUAAAAGAAGUUGAGCUUUCGAUUGUUUCGUGGAAACGGUUUUUUGGGAAGGAAACUUCGAAGAAGUAUUUUUUAGCAAAGAAGAAUUUUGAGGUGAGGUUAUCUCAUUUGUUACGGAGAAAAUUAAUGGCGAUAGAAGUGACGGGGAAGAUGACCGAUGCUUCUCCGUCGCUACUCGUCACAUCCGGUGCGAGUGGACGCGUAAAUGCUUUGCUAUCGCUGCGGUUGUUGAAGAGUCUUGUAAUGUUGAUUAAUGCGUUUGUUAUGUUCACGCUUUUGCCGUUCCGAGGACGGAGACGCUGUGUGACAGCAUUAGCAGAUAAAUCAUCAAAGGAUGAGAAGCAAGAAAGUAGCAGUGUCAGGAAGACUACGGUGCUGCGUGUCCCUGCGGCAAUGGUUACCCGGAGGAGCAAUUUGGGGGCAACGGGGGAGCAGGAGGUGGUCGCAAGGAGAGCACUUGCAAUCAAGGGCGCGACUAUGGACAAGGACAGUUCCACGGUUAGAGAAGUUUUCCUCUUUGUUACUUCGAGAGGUGAAACGCUAUUCACGCAGACGUGGACGCCUGUUUCCGUCAACAUCAAGGGAGUUGCUAUUAUUUUGCAUGGCCUGAAUGAACACAGUGGCAGAUACAGUGACUUUGCAAAGCAGCUUAAUGUCAAUGGGUUUAAAGUUUAUGGAAUGGAUUGGAUUGGACAUGGUGGAAGUGAUGGUUUGCAUGGCUACGUACAUUCUCUUUGUUAUGCCGUUAGUGACAUGAAAGCAUUUGUAGAGAUGGUCACUGCAGAAAAUCCCGGCCUUCCAUGUUUUUGCUUUGGACACUCAACAGGUGCAGCCAUUGUCUUAAAGGCAUUGUUGGACCCAAAAAUUGAAGCUGUCAUAGAAGGUGUGGUGUUGACUUCACCAGCACUACGAGUUCAGACAUCCCAUCCAAUCUUUGGGAUGCUGGCUCCUAUUUUCUCAUUCUUAUUACCGAAGUAUCAAUUUAGUGCUGCAAACAAGAAGGGAAUGCCAGUAUCUCGCGACCCCGAGGCACUACUAGUCAAGUAUUCAGAUCCACUUGUGUACACUGGUUCAAUUAGGAUCAGGACUGGCUCAGAGAUUCUCCGAAUCACAACCUAUUUGCAGCAGAACUUGAGAAGAAUAAGUGUACCAUUUCUCGUUCUCCAUGGCACUGCUGAUACUGUAACUGACCCUGAAGCCUCACAAAAAUUGUAUGAAGAAGCCUCGUCAACAGACAAAUCGAUCAAAUUGUAUGAAGGAUUCUUACAUGAUCUCCUUUUUGAACCUGAACGAGAGGAUAUUGUCAAACACAUCAUCGACUGGUUGAAUUCUAGGGUGAAGGUUUAAAGGUGUGCAUUGAGAGAAUGACAUGAGGAUUACUUAAGAAAAGAUAGCAAAAUUGCUACUGUGGCAAGCUAUUUUUUUCUCGAUGGCCACCUUGAAGAUGUCCAAUGAGCUUAAGGGUUAAUGCUGUAGACUUAAUUUAUUUUGGCACUCGCAGUAUCUG